AUGCAUGUCCUCCUUGGUGAAACGAAAGAGGCCAUAUCACACCAAACACAACAGCAAGAGAGGCGCCAUGAAAAUGGCAAGAGUGAAGAAUGUCUUCGCGAGCUCUUCCAGACGAACCCAAAAGAUGAUAAAGAACGGAUAAUCCGCAGAAAGGACAAUACUCUUACCCUUUUCAAAUCAUCAUACGAAUGGAUUCUAAAUGCUGAGGAGUUUCAACGCUGGCGGACCGACCCUGAAAGCCGCCGGCUCUGGAUCAGAGGGGAUCCAGGCAAGGGAAAAACGAUGCUUCUUUGUGGUAUCAUUGAAGAGCUAGAAAAAAGCGAUCCGCGUCCGCUAUGCUACUUUUUCUGCCAAGCUACAGUGCCAGCGUUGGAUAACGCAACGUCCGUCCUUCGGUCCCUAGUUCUUCAACUGGCUCAGAAGUAUCCCUGGCUCCGAAACCAGGUCUUGGCUGUGUAUGAGAAGGGCGGCAAAGCUCGUUUCAAUGAUCACAACGCUUGGGGCACUAUGUAUGAGCUGCUCAAUUCUAUGCUCAGCGACCCACAAUUGGAUGGCGUUUUGUUGAUUGUGGAUGCGCUCGACGAAUGCACAACAGAUCGUCCCAAGCUGCUUCAGUUCAUCAAGAAUCUCUCGACAAUUUCCCGCGCUAAAGUCAUUAUCUCGAGUCGAAAGUGGAACGAGAUUGGCGAGGUGCUCGGCGAGGAGAAUACAAACGGGUCCACUAUUACCCUCGAAUUACACGACGAUCUGAUCUCCAAAGCGGUCCAUUCGUACAUCGACCGAGAGGUUGAAGAGCUGGCUAGCUGCAAAAAGCUCGACGAAGAAACCUGCUCGAAAGUCCGCGUAUACCUGAGAAAUCAAUCACAGAAUACGUUCCUUUGGGUCUCCUUAGUUUGUCAAGCUCUUCUUGAUGGCGUCGUCAAGAAGCAUAACAUCAUGAAGGUGCUUGAGACAUUUCCGCCUGGACUCGAUGCAUUUUAUGAGCGAAUGAUCAGUUCGUUGCCCUCUCUGGAUGAAGAUUUGUAUAAAGAGAUACUGUCUGUCAUGCCGAUCCUUAAACGACCCGUUACGAUCGAGGAACUUCUUCCCCUCCUCCAUUCACAUUUCAGUUGUGAUACGGAAUCUUUGGUAGAAGUCAUCGAGUUAUGUGGGUCUUUCUUGAACAUCCAAGCAGAGAAGAUUUACUUUGUGCAUCAGUCGGCUUUGGAAUUCCUGAAAAGCAGUGCUUCAAAGCUUUCCACCGUUGCAGAGCGACACAAGUCCCUUUUUUUUAUCUCUAUGGAUGUCCUCAACAGACCUGGACAUCUCAAACGCAACAUAUACGAUUUGAAAGAGCUCAGUACAGGCGUGGCGGAGAUCCAUACCCCUGACCCCGAUCCUUUGUGUGCUUUGCAGUACUUCUGCACCUAUUGGGUAGACCACUUGGCAGAUUGGGUCUGUCAGGAAAGGAUAGCAAUGGGAAAGCCGAUGCUACAAGAGGACCGUGUCAUUUCCGAGGUUAGCGGCUUCCUCAGGAGAAAAUUUCUCAACUGGAUAGAGGCACUUAGCCUCCUUCGCCAAAUACAACAGGCCCUACAAGCCAUCCAAAACCUGCAGGUUCUAUUCAACCGAAAUCCAAACUCAAUCGAACAAGGCCUAUCAGCUUUUCUUGAUGACGCGAAUCGAUUUCUACUGUACCACAGAGUGGUGAUUGAGAAUACCCCUUUACAGCUCUAUGCUUCAGCUCUGCUGUUUAGCCCCAAACAAAGCAUUGUGAAGGAGCAAUUUCGGGAUGAAGCGCCUGACUGGGUUACAAUUACGCCUGGCCUGGAAGCAACAUGGAAUGCGUGCUUGCAGACAUUAGAAGGUGAUACGAAUUAUGUAGAUGGUGGCUGCACCAUAGCCUACUCCCCCGAUGGGGAGUGGCUUGUUACUCGUUAUUUCGACGGCACUGUGAAGCUUUGGCAUGCGAAGAGCGGCACCUGCACGCACACAGUCAGCACGCACGGCGAGGGGGAUGAACUAUACAGUCAGAGCAAGCCAUGUGGGUCAACGUCAGUGGCUUUUUCAGCAGACGGCAAAUCAUUUGUAUCAUGCCUCUUUGACGGUGUCGUGAAGGUCUGGGAUAGAGUCACAGGCCGUUGCACCCACCAGCUUGAACCACAUUCAUCUGACGCCGACGCAAUGACCAUCUCGUCAGAUGGGUCCACGGUUGCAUUUGUCAUCCUGAACAGGGCGAAGUUGACUCUAUAG